AUGACGAGGAAUGGAAAGUGUCACUUCCUGGCAGAGUCCCCAGAGGCCCCACCUGGGCCACAGCCCCAAGGGCUCUGCACUCUCCAAGCAGCAAGGCCCCAGCGGCUGCGGGGCGCCGGCGCCGGCUCCGGCCCGCUCCGCCGCGGGGGGCGGGUGGUGGGGGUCCGGGGAGCGUGGGGGGGGGAGCGGGGGGGCGCGGCCAGGACUACGUUUCCCAGCGGCUCCUCCCGGGGCCGCACAUGCUCGCUGUGCGACUCCCGGCAGCUCCCGGCGCGGCGCCCUGUGCGGCGCAGGGGUGCUCGGAGCCGGCCGCCGCUGCCGACCCGCCCGGCGCGCCCUCGGCAGCGCGAAGCCGAGCCGAACCCCGGGGCCGAGCCCGACCCGGCCCGGCCCAUCCUCAGCGCCCUCCCGGGGCCGAGCUUUCGGUCGGCGCCCCGGCGCCGUGUCCCCGGCAGCAUGCCCCGCGGGAGGGCCUGGACGCAGGCGGAGGUCAGCAGCCUCCUGGAGCUGGUGAGGGACUCGGGGGAAGCCGCCCUGCUCAUGGCCUCCACGUCGAGACCCAACGAGGCACUGUGGCAGGAGAUCUGCCAGGGGCUGGUGGCUGCUGGCUACGAGCGCACCGUGGCCCAGUGCCGCUGCAAGUGGAAGGCACUCAAGCAGGCUUUCCACUUGGAGCGGGAGACGCGCCACAGGGCACGACAUCACACGCCUCGCCUGAGCCCACACUACCAAGCCAUGAACAGCAUGUGGAAGGCGGCUGGACGGCCUGUCUUUGGUGAGAGGAGGAUGCCAGACGUGCUCAAGCCACCUCCCAGGAAGCGCAAGUUAGCCGUUGCCAUCGACUUGCCAUCCCUGCCAGAGCCACCAGAGCACGACGUUGAUGAGGGCUUCUCGGAUGUGCCGCCAUCCCUGCUACUCCAGCGCACAAAAGACAAGCUGGAGAGCUCCAGUGAGGACAGCAUCACUGGAGUGCCACCUGUGCCACUCACCGUGCCACAGGAGGUAGAUAGCUGCAGUUCACAGGCUAUACCUGCUUUUUCCAGGCUGCCACACUGUUUUGCUGGUGAGACGUCCCUGGGGAUGGGAAGAGGAAACCGAAUGCUGCCAGUCGCCACCACAGUCCCAGGCUCCUCCGGAACAGCUGCCACGCAUAAGCAGUCGUCAAUGGAUGAAGAGGCAUCAAAUGCAAGCCUACACGGUUCCAGUGUCUCAGGCGUGCUGCAGAACAUCCAGCAGCUGCUGGUGCAGAUCCUGCAGACAUCGCAGCAGCAGCAGGCUCUGCUGGAGAGCCUGGCCCGGGAUACCGUCUCACAACUCAGCUUCCUCUCCAACAGGCUGGUGCAUGUGGGUGAGACCCUGUGUCACCUCCUGCUUCAUCCACAGGCCUACACCGGCCCCCCUGGCUACUGCUUUCCCCACAUGCCCCAUUUUGAGGGUGGCACCGAGGUGCCCUGCUACCCCAGCACUCCCCACACCUGCCCAGAUCAGAAGGAGGAUCCUCAGGUACCCCCUUCCUCCUGCCACACCUCCUCAUGAGUGCCACUAGCCCCAGGGCUGACAGCUUUGCCUCUCAGCCACUGCACAGAUCUUUAUAGCA